AAGACGUGUCGGCAGUGUAGUCGCAAAGAUCUUGACCUGUGUGGACGUUUAAGCAAUCGGAAGUUAACAGCCUAUCCUCUCGCUGAUUCGACUCAGUCGUGGAGCAGUUCCUAUCUCCAGUUCGUCUCUGAAUCUCAUACUGCUCCACUGAAGUUCAUUCGCUGCAUCAAGGCUGACCGUUUCACUUUUCUUUUUAAACCUGCUUAAUCGCCCUGCAAGAUACAUCCUCUGUUUGAUCGCUUUACGUAUACAUGAACACAGUACGAGCACUAGUUAAAUGUAAAUAAUACGGGAACUGAGGUGAGGUAUGAUUCAGUCUUAAGUCUCUGGAGAAGCUUAGCAAAAAGCUCUUUAAAAAAAAUGACGUGCAUAAUAAUACUAACGAUACUAAUACAAAAUAUACAUUAAUCUACAGCUACAUUCUAUAAAAUAUAUUGAGCUCCAAUACAUAUGUUUUUGAGUCACAUGAAGAAUCGUAAGGUAUCUUGAAGAGAAAGAAGAGGUGUUGAAUGAUAAGACAAUAUUAAAUAUUUUAACCUGACGGAUACAGAUGUCUAUUAAUAUGGAUACAAUGAGAUAUUGUCCACCAAACAUAACUUUUAGUGAUAUCUGGAUAGAUCAUGGCGUGUCUAAAUGUUUCAUGGACACUAUCUGUAUCAGUAUAAUUUCUUUAUAUUUGAUUAUAUUUGGAUCUGUCCAACUUUGGAUAUAUCGCAAGUAUGCGACAGAAACUGAGAAUACAUUACCAAGAAGCAAACUCUAUAAUUUACAAAAGUUUGUGUUAUACCUUGUUCCUAUUUUAAGUGUAGUAAGAAUAAUUUUACAAGCUACAGUCUUGGACGAUGGAAUGGUCUAUGGUUAUAUGGUAUUAACAACGGUAUUGACAGUGAUCGUUUAUCCAUAUUCAAUUUAUAUACUGAAAAUUGAAAGACAUAAACUGUUACCAAGUGUGCCGCCGCAUGGUCAUGGGUUGGUGCUACUAGGUUUCUGGACAUUGGCAUUUGUUGCAGAAAAUCUUGUCUUGAUUAAUAUCGGGAAGCUUGAAUGGUGGUUCCACUUGAAUUCCUUGACAGAUCAAAUUGAAAUGGCUCUAUUUAUUUUGCGAUAUGUUAGUAAUUUGUUGAUUUUUGCUCUCGGUUUACGAGCUCCCGGCAUUGGCGGUAAUUUUGACUCUGAUUAUCGUACGCUUAAUGACACAAUUAUACGAUCACGAUAUUAUCAAAGGAGAUCAGAUAAUGCUUCCACAUGGACAAAUCUGUGGUACAAGACUAAAACUUUAGCACCGUUUUUGUGGCCAAAGUCAGAUUUUUUACUUCAAUUGAGAGUGAUAUUUUGCUUCAUGUUGCUGCUAUGUGGACGUCUGAUAAAUCUUUAUGUACCAAUUUAUAAUAAAAAAAUUGUGGACAGCGUUACAAUUGUUCCUGUAGAAUUUAGAUGGGAUAUAGUAUUGAUAUAUGUAGCAUUCAAAUUUCUGCAAGGUGGUGGUACAGGUGGUAUGGGUGUGUUAAAUAAUUUAAGAUCUUUUCUCUGGAUUCGUAUUCAGCAAUAUACUACUCGUGAAGUGGAGAUAGAAUUAUUCAGGCAUUUACAUGGAUUGAGCUUGCGCUGGCAUCUCGGAAGAAAAACUGGCGAAGUAUUAAGAAUCAUGGAUCGUGGCACAGACUCGAUCAAUAAUUUACUUAAUUACAUCCUCUUUUCAAUUGUACCGACCAUUAUUGAUAUUCUUGUAGCCGUUUUGUUUUUUAUCACUGCAUUUAAUAAAUGGUUUGGUCUUAUCGUUUUUACAACAAUGGUUCUUUACAUCGCUGCCACAAUUGCGAUCACGGAAUGGCGUACAAAAUUCCAAAGACGUAUGAAUUUGGCUGACAAUGCGCAGAAAGCACGUAGUGUCGAUAGUUUACUGAACUUUGAAACGGUGAAGUAUUACGGUGCCGAAGCGUACGAAGUGGAAUGCUAUAGAAAGGCAAUUUUGGAUUUCCAAGUACAGGAAUGGAAGUCAAUGAUUACGCUGAAUAUCUUAAAUACUUUGCAAAACAUAAUUGUCUGCGGUGGAUUAUUAUCUGGAUCGCUGUUAUGUUUACAUAUGGUCGUCGCCCAUCAAGGCUUAACAAUUGGCGACUACGUCUUGUUCGCUAGUUACAUAAUACAACUUUAUGUACCACUAAAUUGGUUUGGUACAUAUUAUAGGGCCAUUCAAAAGAAUUUCGUCGAUAUGGAAAACAUGUUCGAAUUACUUCGGGAAGAACAAGAAGUAAUAGAUGCACCAGGAGCCGAACUGUUAGACGUCAAGCAUGGACAUGUGGUGUUUUCAAACGUAUCGUUUGGCUAUACCCCUGAGAAACUCGUGCUGAAAAACGUUAGCUUCAUCGUUCCUGCGGGAAAAACGGUAGCUUUAGUUGGUCCAUCUGGUGCCGGAAAGAGUACUAUAAUGCGAUUACUAUUUCGCUUUUAUGAUGUGGAACAAGGUGCCAUUUUAAUUGAUGGACAAAAUGUGAAGACUGUUAAACAGGAGUCUCUCAGAAGUAACAUAGGCGUUGUACCGCAAGAUACAGUAUUAUUUAACAACACUAUAAGAUACAAUAUUCAAUAUGGUCGUAUCGAUGCACCAGAAGCAGAUGUAAUUGCUGCUGCCAAAUAUGCAGAUAUUCAUGAGAGGAUUCUCACAUUUCCAAAUGGUUAUGAAACACAGGUCGGCGAAAGAGGACUUAGGUUAAGCGGUGGUGAAAAACAACGCGUCGCAAUUGCACGCACAAUAUUAAAAGCGCCAAAGAUAGUGCUGCUCGAUGAGGCUACGAGCGCUUUGGAUACUCAGACGGAGCGUAACAUACAAGCAGCAUUAAACAGAGUAUGUGCUGGACGAACUACCAUCAUUGUAGCGCAUAGAUUAUCUACAAUAAUUCACGCGGACGAAAUUCUCGUCUUAAAAGAUGGUGAAAUCAUUGAGAGAGGCAAACACGAAGAAUUAAUUUCAUCAAAUAGCACUGUUUAUCAUGCAAUGUGGCAAGCGCAGCUUCAAAAUAAUCAAGAGGAUAACAAGAAUGAAAAUAAUUCUGUCUACGAAACUGACGUCCUAAUUAGUAAUAAAAGUGAAUAAUAGAAUUAUAUAUUGUAU